AUGUGCUGCUCGGACGAGAGGGUCGACAAGCCCCCUCCCAUUGACGGCCACCACCACGCCACGGCUAAAAUGUCCCAGUCCAUCAUCACAACUUGCAGUAGCAGGCCGUUGAGUAUGCAGACGCAGACGCAGACGCAAAAGGUACAAAAUCUGCAACAAGUCGCGACGGACAUCUUGUGGCUGUCGGUGUCAGUGGGCAGUGUCAUUGAAGGCCUGUGCAACAACGUGGCUCCCCUCUCCGGGGAAUAA